CUCCCCACCUCUCUCUCGCCCCCGUGUCGUUUGCAAACAGAACCACAAUGAAGGUCGAGACGUGUGCCUUCUCCCAGCGCAAGAUCUACCCCGGCCGGGGCAAGCUCUACGUGCGCGGCGACAGCAAGGUCUUCCGCUUCGCCUCGUCCAAGUCGGCGUCGCUGUUCCUGCAGCGCAAGAACCCGCGCAAGAUUGCCUGGACGGUCGUGUACCGCCGCAUGCACAAGAAGGGCAUCACCGAGGAGGUGGCCAAGAAGCGCUCGCGCCGCACCGUCAAGCACCAGCGCGGCGUCGUCGGCGCCUCGCUCGACGCCAUUGCCGCGCGGCGCAACCAGAAGCCCGAGGUGCGCGCCGCCGCCCAGGCCUCGGCGCUCGCAAAGAGCAAGGAGGAGAAGAAGAAGCGCGCAGAGGAGCGCAAGACGCAGAAGUCCAAGGGUGCCGUCGCCCACGCCGGCGCAGGCCCCAAGAUUUCGCGCCAGCAGGCAAAGGGCGCCAGCUCCAAGCCGCGCGUGUAGAAAGGCGGACUGACGACGGACGUCUCUUCACACACACUCUUCAUGCUGCUUUGACGUGGAAAAAGCCGCAAUGCGUAUGCC